UCUCACCGGAAGCUUGACGUGGGAGCGCGCAUCCAGCCGGUGGUAGCUGAAGGAAUCCGACUGAAAGCUGAGGUCUGGUCAGCUGGUCACUCAGUGUUGGAAACACGCGUGGAACCAGCUGCGGAGCAGCUCAGUGGUGCGGCCUUUCACUUGCAGCGGGAGCAGAGACGUCUAUCUGCGGACUAACAUGAUGGCAGUGCUGGGUAGCGCCGGUCGCCUCAUCCAAUUUGCCAGGAGCGGCGUCAGUCUGAGCGUGAGGCGGCGAUCCACGGCUGCUGCUUUGGCUCAGAGCGCAGCGCCGGAAAUACAAGAGAACAGGAAACCUAAAACCGGCAUCCUGAUGCUGAACAUGGGCGGACCGGAGAAGCUGGAAGACGUUCAUGACUUCCUGCUGAGACUCUUCAUGGACACAGACCUGAUGAAGCUUCCUGUUCAGAAUAAACUCGGUCCAUUCAUUGCUAAGCGCCGGACGCCAAAGAUCCAGGAGCAGUACAGUAAAAUCGGAGGAGGUUCUCCCAUCAAACGCUGGACGUCCAUGCAGGGGGAAGGGAUGGUGAAGCUGCUGGACGAGAUGAGUCCUGAGACGGCUCCUCACAAGUUCUACAUUGGCUUCCGGUACGUCAAUCCGCUGACGGAGGAGGCCAUCGAGGAGAUGGAGAAGGACGGAGUGGAGAGAGCUGUGGCCUUCACCCAGUAUCCCCAGUACAGCUGCUCCACCACAGGUAGCAGCCUGAACGCCAUCUACCGUUACUAUAGCAACAGAGCCGACAGGCCGAAGAUGCGAUGGAGCGUCAUCGACCGCUGGCCGACACACCCUCUGCUGGUCGAGUGUUUUGCAGAACACGUCAGUAAUGAACUGUUGAAGUUUCCAGAAGACAAACGAGACGACGUCGUCAUUCUUUUCUCAGCACAUUCUCUUCCUCUGGCUGUAGUAAACCGAGGUGACCCGUAUCCUCAGGAGGUUGGAGCCACAGUUCAGAGAGUCAUGGAGAAACUGGGCCACUGUAACCCAUACAGACUGGUGUGGCAGUCCAGGGUCGGACCGAUGCCGUGGCUCGGACCGCAGACCGAUGAGGUGAUCAAAGGCCUCUGUGAACGAGGGAAGAAGAACAUCCUGCUGGUGCCGAUUGCCUUCACCUCGGACCACAUAGAGACGUUACACGAGCUGGAUAUCGAGUAUGGACAGGUGCUGGGAGAGGAGUGUGGUGUGGAGAACAUCAGGAGAGCAGAGUCUCUGAAUGGGAAUCCUCUUUUCAUGAAGGCGUUAGCUGAUCUGGUCCAGUCCCACCUGAAGUCCAACGAGCCUUGUUCCCGCCAGCUGACCCUUCGCUGUCCACUGUGCACCAACCCCACCUGUGGAGAGGCCAAGGCCUUCUUCGCCAACCAGAAGCUCUCGUAGAAACAUGGACGUGUAGAAAGCAACGGGGCGAGCGAUGGAGAAACUAAAGCCUUCUUCUACAAACUUCAUAACUCACUCAAACAACACACAGAGUCUUCGCCAGCAGGAGAGUCGGCAACCUAGAAAAUCUAACACAAAGAGCCAACGAAAUGAUCUCUGCAGAUGGAUUUAUUGUUUCUGGAGUCACAGAUUUCGGUUUAGUCUUUUAUUUAAAUUUAAACCUGAAGUAGAUCAACUCAGCUCCAAGUACAGUUGGGUUUUUCCAUCUCAAAUCAUCACGAUCCUUCUACUGUCAAACUAUGAAUAUUAAUAAAGAUAUUUGUGGAGUUUUAGCUUCAUAUAUCAAAACUUUGAGAUACUUUUGUCAAUAAUCGCCUGUCGAUCCACUUUAAGCAGUUUUUCCUCACAUUGAAAUUGGAGGCUGUUUGAACAGAAAUGUCUGAGGAACUAUUAAAGAUAAAAACCUGAAGUUUUCACUGUUAUUUCUCAUGUCAUUGAUUCAGAAUCUGAAAUAUUAUGGUUAUGUUUUGUUAACAGGAGCUGAAGUUCAGGUUGUCGCUUCUGACUGUUUAGGAUUAUUUCCUCUUUAUUUUGUGAUGAGUUCCAGAGAUAUUGUUUUUCUAUCAGCUUCAAAUUUCAAUGUCAGAAAAAAAACCUACUGAAAGGCUGUUGACAGGUGAUUUUAAGAACAAGUAUUGUGGAAAGCAUUUGGUAUAUCGAGCUAAAAUUUCACAAAUAUCUUCAUAAAUAUUCAUAUUUUCUGCUGUAAUAUUUUCAGGCAAAUGAGAGACAGUUGAGCAGAAAAACACUUUGGUGAUUUUAGAUGGAACAAUCUGCUGCAGCUAACAUCUGCCUUUAAAAAAAACCCGUUAAUGCUUCCUGAAUUUUCUCUUUACGUGAAAACAUCGCAGCACUUGUUUGGAUUAAAACCUCGCUAAAGUUAAAAGUCUCCGACACUCUGCAGAAAAACCGCUCAAAGCUACAGGAAGAAGAUUCUUGCACUAUUUUGUUCUGUGGGUUGUAAUAUUUCAUUUCCCUGCUUCACAUUCCAUCACUCAGCUAACCGUAAACCCCCAUCAGACGCCUUCGUUCUGUUCGCGUCGGUGCUACAUCACCACCAACAAGGGUUCUGGUUGGUCGGCUGCUUUUUCCUCGCCCGUCGCUUCACGCCAUUGGCCCGACAGCCAGUAACCCCGCCCACUUUGCUGCAACCCCUGCAAUGUGAUUGGAAGAGGUUGGUGCUGCUCAAAACGCUGCUGCUCCCCGAUACUCGGAUAAAAGCGAGUUUAAGAAGGAAAUGAAGAGCGAUUUAGGGACAGGAAGAUUAAACAAGUCUAAAGCAUGAAUCUAUGUUUUGAUUUCUGCAAUAAAACACAUUUUGACUGCAGUCGAGCGAGAAAACGACAACAAAGUGAGAUGGUUUACAAGCUCAGAGAAAUAUGUUGUUAAAGUACCAACAUGUAGAGCUGGAUAAUAUUCAGACUUUAGACUUAAUUCAACUUCUAUCAUCUCAGAAAUCUGAUAUAAAGUCAAAUUUUUUAGACUUCUGAGAAAGAAAGCCUGAAUUCAGUCUCAGAUUCAACAAGAUUAAAGUCAGAAUUCUGUCCUUUUUAUCUCAGAAGUCUGAGAUUAAAAUCAGAAUUUUUACACUGAAGUCAGAAGUCUAUAACUUGAUCUAAAAUGAAACUCUGAACUCAACUAUCUGAGAAUCUUUCAGAUUAAAUUUUAUGACUUUAAUCUGAGAGAAAAUUGUCAAAAUUCUGAAUUUCAGAUUAAACUACUCUGCAUUCUGACUUUUUUAAACUCAAAGGCAUGAAUGUGAAAAAUUUGACUUUACGCUUAGAUUUUUUGCGAAGAGAAGGCAGAAUUUUGAGUAUAAUCUCGGUUUAUUCUAAGAUUAAACUUCAAAUUUAAUCAGAAAUUUUUAAGAAUUAAGUGAAUUCUGACAUUUUUUUCAAUAAUGCAUCAUAAGCUAAAAUAAAAAAAAGGGAAUUUUACAUCUUUACAUGUCCAACCCUUGAGGUAGUUUACAUCAUAAUUCUUCAUUAGUGAAACAGAGAAGAUGGUAAAUUAAUGGCCGAGUUAAAACCAGCUACAUUUUGUGUUUGAAAUUUAGUAAGAAAUCGAUAGAAGAUGAGAGAAAUCCAGUAUUGGGGUUGAAGUCGGCUGGUUGUGCAGUACCGAGAGCAUCGUGGACGAUGACGUUGAGCUUCCUGUCUGCUGUCAGUCACAUGAUGCUGUUGUUAGUAACGAGACCUCUGAAGCGAAGAUGUCAAAAAUCUGAAAAAAAGUGAAACCUGAACGUUUAGUUGACAGUUAAGGUGUGAAUAUCAAAACCUGAAAAAUGAGAACUUUCUCAAGGCGAUGUUGAGUUUCUUCCUCAUCUUCUUAGUCACUGAAAGUUUGAGUAACCGAUCAAUACCGUUUCGAUACUUACUCAUCCAUUUCGAGACUGAUGUGUGAUUUUCUACCAUGUUCACCAUUCAGAUCAGGUGUUCCAUUAGUGUAAACAGUGUAGACCUAAAGUAGCAACACACGUGUUAAGUCAUCUCCAGUCAUGGACUAAAGUUUCCAUCCAUUCAUAAAGACCAUAAAUAUGACGACAGUCUUGAGUUUCCAACAACUCUGUGAUGAAUCAUUGAAACACACUUCAUCAUAAAUAAUCACACAUUUAGGUUCUUUCAGAGAUUUAUAAAUAUGGGUGGAAACUAUACAUACAGUGAUGCACGGUGGAGGCAGUAUCAUGCUCUGGGGUUGUGGAACUGGUGCUAGAAAAAUAUUGGAAUUCUGAGUUUAGUGUAGGUUUAAUCUUAAAUGAAAUGCAGAGUUUAAUCAGAAUUUCUUCAGAUAAAACUAAAAAUACUGACUUCAGACUUCAGUGUAAAAAUUCUGACUUUCUGAGAUUAAAAAAAAAGUCAAUUCUGAGUUUCAAAUCAAAGUGAGAUUGAACUCAGAAUUUUGACUUUGAUGUAAAAAUUCAGACUUUAAUCUCAGAUUUCUGAGGAAAAAAGUCAGAAUUUUGAGUUUACUCUUGGUUUAAUCUAAAGUUAAACUCAGUUCAUCUGAGAAUUUUUCAGAUUAAACUCAAAAUUCAGACUUUAAAAAUUCAGACAUUAAGCUCAGAUUUCUGAGCAAAAACUCUAAAAUCUGAGUUUCGCAUUAAACUGAGACUCAUAGGACUUCCUUGAUGUCUUUGGUCUUUACGAGCGGAUGUAAACUUUUUUCCUAACUGGACGCCACUACCUUGUAGUACAGCCCGAUCGCACGAGGAUUUGUGAAACUGUCACGUAAGUUUUAGUUUCGGUUUCGUGCGCACCAACACGAUUUCGUCAUGUUUUUCGUGCCGCUCACCACGAAAUGCGCACCAAUGUAUUUUAAACGGCGGACUUUUCGUGCCACUCAGAACGUAUUUCAAAAGAAUGUGUAUAUUAUAUUUUUAAUGUAAAACCGUGGCGAAUCCAACGCUAUAUUUUGCAUGACAUCAUCCCUAAACAUAACCCUAACCAUAACCCUAACCAUAACCUAACCAUAAGCCGGUGGUACACUUACCAAUUUGCAUAGGAAUUUCAAGAAUGUCCGGCGGCCGCAAACGCGAUCACACAAGCAGUAUACGCCGAUGGACAGCUUAGAUCGUCAUGAAUCCGCCGGUAUAAACCACUUUCAGAUGUGAUUACCACAGCGAAAAACAUUUCGUGGUGAGCGGCACGAAAAACAUGACGAAAUCGUGUUGGUGCGCACGAAACCGAAACUAAAACUUACGUGACAGUUUCACGAAUCCCCGUGAGACCGGGUUGUGUAGUAACGUCUGUUUUAGAUAAAUGUAGGACAAAAAGACGAGUGUAAAACUCCAAAGACGCUGGAUUUGUCCACCAAUAAGAAAAUACAGGAUAAGUGUAGAGCCGUAGUAUAAGAACGACACAAGUCAAGUGUAGAUUUACUGUUUCUGUAUCGACUGAGGAACGUUUGUUUUUGAUCUCAACGUUAAACCUGAGAACCCCCAAUUUAACUAGUUGGUAAACUGAGAAAAGUCUUGAAGGUUGACAAGAAUUAAUAAUCAAGUGUCAAAAGAAAACUAACGUCUGCAGUAACUUGACCUCUGACCCAGCUGUCCGUGAUAAUGUGCCUUUUACACUGGCUGACUAGAAAUACUGGACUUGUGCUUUAUGUACAUUUUAUUAUUGUUAUUAUUAUAUUUGGGUUUUUUUUUGUUUUUUGUUUUUUUGCUUAACCAAAAUGCUGGCGGGGAAAAUCCACCCUGAAAUGUGAACUUACAUGUUCCUGUUGUGAUCCAAGUCAUCGUUCUUUGUGUGUUUUUCUGCUUCCACAUGUUCAGAAAUGCACUUUACAGCUAAUUAUUCGAGCGGAGUCAUGCUUCCUCUGCUUCGAAAGGGAUCGUGAAGUUUAUGGAGGAACACUGGUCCAGGAAAGUUUUCAUGUGGCUAAGCUAGGCUAAUCUUGUCACACAGGAAAGCUUUUGGGCAUCUAAGCUAGGCCAGGCUAAUGUUGUCACACAGGAAAGCGUUUGGGCAUCUAAGCUAGGUUAGGCUAAUGUUGUCACACAGGAAAGCUUUCAUAUGACUUAGCUAGACUAGGCUAAUCUUGUGUAGGAAAGUUUUGUGUGAAGCUAAGUUAAGCUAAAUUAGGCUAAUCUUGUCACUCAGGAAAGCUUUCAUGCAAAUAUGCUAAGCUGGACUAGUCUUUUCAGCAGGAAAGCUGUCAUGCAGAAGCUAAGCUCAGCUAGGCUAAUCAUGUCAUGCAGGAAAGAUUUCUUGCAGAAGCUAAGCGAGGCUAAUCUUGUCUUGCAGGAAAGCUUUUGUGCAGAAGCUAAGCUAAGUGAAGCUAAUCUUGUCAUGCAGGAAAGCUUUCGUGGGCUAAGUUAUUGUUGUAACGCAGCGCCUUCACGCUAGCAUAUUGUUAAGACAAAUGCUAAAUUCCUCUAAAAACAAACCAAAAACCAAGCUGUCCCUUUAUUGUGACCGGAUAAACCGGAUAAAGUUGAGUUUAGAAACGGUGAAAAGUUCGGGUCACUGCAGGACGACAUGCUAAUCUCUGAAGGGUGGUUGUUUCCUGAUUUAUUUUUAUUUAUCCUCUAAGUCAUUUUCAACAACUGUUGUUUUAUAUCAGUUGUGUGUGUUUAGCUGCACUGUGCCGAGAUUGUACAUACAACAAAGACGCUUCGGGGGGUUUUCUCGCAGCUCAGGCGAACUUUUAUUUUGUUAAUGUCGGUUUUAUUUAUUUUGAGAUUUUAUUUUUUUCCGGUUUGUGUGUCACUGAGCAAACAAAAAACCACCUAUCUCCACUGUUGGGUCAUGUUUUGUUUUGUUUUUUUUAAACAUAUUUGAAGACAUGGUAUUAACAGUGCAAUUACAUGUAACAAGUCUUCCUUCAAAAUAAAAGAUAAUAAUUAAAAUCUCA